UACGUAAUAGGUGGCAUUACUGCUCAGCCCAGAGGGUGUCGCCGGCGCUCUGCGAACACGUUUCACAGGGCGGCAAAGCCGCAGCCGCCGUUAGCCCCGGGGCAGAGGGGAGGCGCGGCCCCGCGCUGCGGCUGCCCUUCUAGCAGCGGCCGGUAGAGGUGACCCGCCGCCGCGGGAGAGCCGCCGGCCGCCCCCGCGCAUGCGCGGCUCCCGGCGGCGGGUGGGCGCCUGCGCGAUGAUGGCGGCGGGGCGCGGCGUGGCGGCCGAUGCCUGCGUGGGCCAGGUAGUGCUGCCCGGGGACGUGCUGCUCCUCCCUGCCCACCCCGACGAGGACGCGGAGCGGCUGCAGUUGGGCGCCGGCGCGGCUCCGCGGGGCCGGCUGCUCUGCGGGCCGGGCCUGCGGCGAUGCACGGCCGGGCUGCUGGUGACCAAGUGCGGCCUGCUGCGGCACCGCCAGGCAGGCGGCAGCGCGGCGGGCGGCGCCUACUGGGUGGACUCGCAGCAGAAGCGGUAUGUUCCGGUAAAGGGCGACCACGUCAUAGGGAUAGUGACGGCCAAAGCAGGAGACGUGUUUAAGCUGGACGUCGGUGGGAGCGAGCAAGCGUCUCUGUCCUACUUGGCCUUUGAAGGGGCCACGAAGAGGAACAGGCCAAAUGUACAGGUGGGAGAUCUUAUUUAUGGUCAGUUCCUUGUAGCAAAUAAAGACAUGGAACCAGAGAUGGUCUGUAUAGACAGCAGUGGAAGAUCAAGUGGAAUGGGAAUAAUUGGACAAGAUGGUUUCCUCUUCAAAGUUUCCUUGGGUCUAAUAAGAAAACUCUUGGCUCCCAAAUGUGAAAUAAUUCAGGAGUUGUCACAAUUGUAUCCAUUUGAGCUGGUGCUGGGAAUGAAUGGAAGAAUAUGGGUGAAAGCUAAGACAGUUCAACAGACUUUAAUUAUAGUAAAUAUUUUGGAAGCCUGUGAGUAUAUGACUGCAGAACAGAGAAAACAAGCACUUGCCAAAUUGUCAGGGAAUUGAUAAGAGAAAACCUUGAGGAUUUGAGAUGACUGUAGAGUGUCUUGGUUAUUUUUGUAUUCAGAUUUAUAUUAAAAGACUUUUUUUAAAUGAAGUACUAGACUUUUGUUGUUGUUCUUCAGUUCCCUUUAUCUGCACAGCUUGUUUUGUCUAGGAACUUUGUUUUUACUUUUGUGAUUAUGAAACUGUUUAUGAAUUUUCUGACUGAUUUGGAAAGUAUUUAAAAGUUUCCAUUAGCUGUGAGUUUUGAGGUGUAACUACUUAAGUCUUUUGUAAGAAAACUGGUCAAUUUAUAAACUCUGUAUAUUUGCUUUUUUAGUCAUUAUUAAUAUUAAAACUUCAGACAAUACAUGUUUAUUUGGGUUAGCAGAAAGUAUGGGUCAUUCAUUCUGGUCAGGUGCUCUCUGCAGUGACAAGUGAUUAUUUAAUACUUUAUAAAAUUUGGCAAGAAAUGCAGGUGGAAAAUACAAGAACAUAAUUACAGGGCAUAGGAUAAAAUAAUCAUAGGGUGGCUAAAGCAAAUGAUUGGCUAAGACCUAACGUGGUCACAGUGACCUUACCACUUUCCCUGAAAGAUAACCUGGCUAGUAGUCUUAAGUAAUGAAUGGGACAUAACUUCAAUAUGAACAUUCAGGAGGCUUGAUGGCUUACUGGAGGUAAAAAAAUAGACUUAACAGUAGUGCUAUUUGAAGUCACUUGCAACUUUCACAGGUGCUUUUUAAUUAGAGAUUAUCUAAAGACUGCUGCAGCAAUAGCCAUGUGUUUCUCAAUUUUAGACGUUUUAUAUUUUGUUUCAUUACAGCAUGAAGAUUCCAUAUAGCUUUGUUUCAGGUUUAACCAAAUCAGCUUUUUUGAAAAAAGCUAUAUUUGGCUUCUCUGUGUAAUAGUUCCUUGGAUACAUAUAGAAGAAAUGCUGUCCUAGGAAGUAUAAGCUGUCAAUCUAUUAAUAUGUGAAUAGUUUGCAACUGCUCUUUUGAGAAGAACUGUGGAGUAGUGGAAGGGGAAUUACUGAUGCCUGCUUCCUGUGGGAGACAGGUUUUUGACUGUAUGUACCCAAUGAACUGCAUUGGAGCUGUUUAAGCAGUUAUUUAGAGCUACGAUGUUUUGUGUUUCUUAAGCCAAAUUGUUUGAUAGCAAUGGUUAAAAGAAACUAGAAGAAAGGACUAGAGUAAGCCUGAAUGCCAUCUUAAGUCCAAGUGGAAACAAAUGUCUUCCUAUUUAUUCUGUAUUUCAUCCAAAGUUCAGCCUGUGGUAUUUGAUAUGAUUUUCUUUGGCAUCUUUCAUUUAGAAAUUGCUUCUUCAGGGCCACUCCUCUGACUCAUCUUUAAUAUGCUUACCUAGGGCUUCCCCUGAUUCAAUACAAAUAUAACUAAUGGUUUCCAUAUGAGUCUAAUGGCUAUAGCUCAGAAUUUUUUUUUGGGUUUCACUGGCCUCCCUGUUUAGCAUUUAGGGUAUUGCUCAUCUGGCUUGGUAGAUCUUUAGUCAUCUUUUUUCACCUGUCUUCUCCCAGCUCAAGUGACUUUCAUUCACAUCCCAUAAAUCCUUUAGGCCUAUAAUCUAUUUCUUACCACACAUGAAAAGCUGUAAUUUAAGGAUUUCGCUAACUGCUCUUCUCCAGUGUUUUUUCAACUUGAGCUAACCAGGGCCCCUGCAGGUUGUCUGUUAUUAGAACAAUAGCUGGCAUAAGCAGAAAAGUACUUGCCAAAUCAUCUCAGGGUGCAACUUUGUUUUCUGUGAAUGUUCUUGGAUCAUCAUAAAAAACCACAGGAAUGGGGAAUGACACAGAUCAUUUCCUGAAGAGUUGUGGCUUGAAAAAUGUAAUUAGCCUUACCAUUUCCCCUUUUACCUGUCUAAGCAACUUCCAUUUUCUCUAAAAAAUCUGAGUUUUAAGCCCAACCUGCAAGAUACAUGAACAAUCCCAAUUUAAAAAUGCUGUUUUGGUGGUGCAGUACAGCAAAUGGUGACCUGGAAAGUUUUCAACAUCAUCAGUGCCCUAUUUCACACCAUCCAUUAUUCUGUCCCACUGUCAACUGCUUAUCACCUAAAUACAACCUUAGCUAAAUAAAGAACAGGAAACAAAAUGCAUUGAAAUUAUGCUUGGUUUUAGUUUAACAAAAUGGUGUGUCUGUGAAGUUAAGUACUUGAGUUUUACCCCCUACGCAAUCAUUUUAAGUAUAUACUACACUUAAGUUUCAUAAUUUCUUCAGUGGCAAAAAUGACAGUGGAUGUGAACAAAAUGGGUGUGGGGAAAAUGCUUGAAAGCAAAUGCAUUUAAACACAUUACUAAAAUGCAGAAAUAUUGGUUUGUUUUUUUGUUGGUGGUUUUUACUUGGAGAAAAGAAAGCUAUCCACAUAAACCAAUUACUAGCUUUGACAAGCUUUAAUGAACAAAGUAGGCAAAAUUAGUCAGAUGUAUGUAUAGUCUUUGUGAACUUCUAGUUCUGGCUUGGUAACUAAACCAAUAUUGCCAUUAAGAGUGACAUAGAAUAUAACUUGGUUCUAGGAAGAAAGACUGAUCAUGACGUAAUUAUGUAUUCUGCUGGAGAUGUUACAGGAAAUCCUUCACAUUCCCAUUAAAGGCACAUAAACACAUGUUUCAGGAAAUGGAACUUUCAGAUGUGGUGCCGUGGACUUGAAAUGUUCUGUUGUGUUUAUCUGCAUGAUGUACACCCUUGUUGAUUCCACUCGUUAGUCACUUGUUUCAGAUACUCAGUGAUGUGCAUUGGGUACUUUCUUAUAUUGCUUUUGUUUCAAGUUGUUGAGAUGAAAGUUAAGUAGUAAAGAUUGUAGAUGUCAACAUGGCUGUAGUCUGCAUCCCCAGAGAUGAGUACAAUGCCUUAAAAAAAAGUUCACAAAGAAUUAAAUGGAGACCAUAUAUUGAAAAUAUGAAACAUAGUUUGUGGCCCUUCCUAGGUUGAUGUGUUGUAUAAAAACCAAGACUAAAUGCUAGUAGAAAGUACAGAUAUGCAGUAGUGAAACUAAAUAGGAUAGUAAAACAUUUGUAUUUUGCUCUAGCAGAAGAAAUUUGCAGAGAUAAAUAGGUCAAUGUAAUAAGAGGAUUAAGAGCUUAACUCUAAGGCUAUGGUUGGAGUGUGGCUGUAGCUCUGCUAGAUUGGAAGUGUGCUGUGCCCAGCUACUCAUUACCACCUUACCACCAGAAGUUGCAACUGAGGCUUGCUGGUAUGUGUAUUUGAUUCCUAGCCAAGCUCUGUUAAAACAACCCAGAUUGGCAUCAACACUUUUAAUAGGGUUAUUUUGUUUUUCCUAACUCAGAUGCUCUUUUAUCAGAAGAGGUCAUGGAAUUUUUCUCUCAGAUGUUAAGUAUUAAAAGCAGCUCUACUACUGGAGAAGUAUUAAUUUGUUAGAGAAAACCCAGUUCUCUUCCUCAGUGCUUGAGUGAAUAAUUGAGUAACAGCUAAAUCAACAAGUAUAUCAACAGGUUAUUUUAAACCUUACAAAUUGUUCAUUUCCAGGAUUUGCAUAUUUAUAUAAAAAUAUUUACACCAGUUUUUCUAGCUACAUAUAACCAACUUGGUGAGAUAAACGUUAUUUGCGUAUAGAAACUAGCUGUCUUAAGAACUAUGUUGGACACUUCAUUUAGUUGUAACACAAGCAGCCUUGUCCUUACUAAUAACUUGUCUAGAUUGCAAGAUGUGUAACUACUAUUGAAGUCUAUAGUAAGGAAUUAAACAUGUCAGUUUUACCCCAACAACUUGAGAGAGAAAUAGCCUAGAAACAUGUUGGGUGCCUGGAUUUUAACAGAAACUAGGUAGCAGUUGUGGGUGGCUAACCAGGAAGGCUGCAGAAUGACUGUUUUCCUCUGAUGUCCUGAUCCUGCAUGAGUGCAGUUACUACCCGGUGCUAUCGAUAGGGGUAUUUUGGGAUGUUCAAGAGCCUGUUUUUGCCUAUAUAGCCUGAAGCUUGAUCGCUGUUCUAGUGGCUUGAAUUGUCAUUAAAAAUAACUCUUUUCACUAGGCCUUGGUGUCCUACCUAGUAUGACAAAAAUGAAGCAAAAUGGAAUAGAAUAACAGUAUAGGUAGCACCGCAGUAAAUGCGACAAGGAAAAUAUGCAGACCGUGAAGAUUAUUAAAGACUGCAGGACAGACAGAAGGACUAAUGACCUUAUUAGCCCUUUCCAAAGGCUUUGGUUGUCUAUUGUCUUGUUGUAAAUGGUAGGCUUUCCUGUGAUUCAGUGUUUAUUAGGCAGUUGCCAAAAGAGAUUUGUAUUCACAUCUGUAUACCCAUUAAAAAGACUUACUAAUUCUUUCUGCUCUUGUCCAGAUGGAGGGUGUUGCACCAAUCUCUUUUUGGUGUUCCACUGUGAACUGCUCAUGUGGGUGAAACUGGUUUCAAAAGACCUGUAGGUCCUUUUGGUUUCUUCAGUGACUACUGCACCCUGAUCUUACUUAAGAUAAAUCUAAGAUCCUGUGUCCAGGCUGUCUGUAGACAGACUGGCGCUUUUAUUUCCUGUGAAUUGGGAUGAUGUGGAAAAUACCACCAUG